GUUUAAGAGGGAACACCCAGUUUCUUUCACACCUCUUGUCAACAAUCUUGCCAGCUGAGCAAUUAGUCUGUCGUGCUUUGUCCUUAGACUGAAGAUGGAGGACUUCUGCGACUUACCCUUUGAUCUAAAUGAAAUUUUCAGAGUGGAAACCUUAGAUGACACAGAAAUACUUACAGACCCUUAUCUGUGUUUGUCAAUCCUUGGACAGGAGGACCCAGAUGAGGUGUUGAAUGGUGGUGUGUUGUUGGAAUUGGAGAGCUUCCUGUUUGAUGGCCCUUCAGCAGAGAGUACAACAGGAGAUUUGUAUAGGGAUCCCCCAAAUGUUCAGACGGUCCCUGCAAGUGGACCAAUUGUCAAUAUGGAAUCCCAACUACGUCUUAAGGGCCCUGAAAAUGAUGAAGGAAUCCUUCAAAUGGAUGGCUUUGGCCAAGAGCAACGUGCGAAAGCUGGAUUGUAUGAUGAAGCUAUAGCGGCCAACAAAGAGUAUUGUGCUGCGUUGAUAAAGUUCCUAGAAGAACUUAUUGAGAGAAAAUCGCUGUUAGAAAAACGACAUCGCUUAUUGAAAGAAGAGAUUUGGCGUCUGAAAACAAAUGCUGGGGAAAAGACAAGAAAGGGAGAUGUCAUGAAACGACUGCUUUUCUAA